AUGCAGGGCACAAACUUGAAGCGAAACACGAGAAAAAGAAGAGAGAGAAAAGAGAGCGCCGAGAAAGUGGAUCAUACUAUGACAGCCGCGAAGUCAGCGGGGAAAGAGAUCGAAGCCGCAGCGUUUCUCGUAAACGCUCUGGCAGCCGCAGCCGCAGACGCAGAAGCCCAAGCAGUAGCAGCAGCAGCAGUGAAAGUGACCACAGCAGGCGGAGACACCGCCACUAGUGGAUCCCUCGAUUGUGCUAGACAUCAAUCUGGGCUUCUUGACGAUCAAUUGUUUCGGCGCCUUCACACUUCGCAGAAGAGGUAUUGGUCUGCAUGGAAUUUAUCGAGGAAAGAACGAAGACUUACGACUCCUAAUGAUCUGGCUUGAGCAUAUUAUUAACUGAUCAAUGAAGAUUUUUUUCUCUUUUUCUCUGGGUUGUAUACCGUGAUUUCCGUGAGUUCAAGAGUAUUAGCGGCUCCCAGUGCAUGAACUAUGGGGGCGGCGACAUGGGUCCUCCACACAAUAUGCCCCGGUCGGCACCUCGCAUAAGCGUCCCUGGUAUCUGGCAGGGACUGACAAAUUUGGAUAUACAACUCUUGACGAUCCAUCCACCAGUCCCAGCCAAACCAGUGUAGAAGGCAAUCUUAAUGGGGACGUAAACGGUGUUGGGCGACUGCACAUAUGAUCCUAGCGAUGAGGAUCGACCUAGCUAAUAAUGCUCGUGCACCCGAAAGAACGCAAAGCUUACCGGGCCUGCCCCUAACAUCGAGUUCAAAGUCUGGCAGUCUGGCCUUGACUUCACUUUGAUGCACUGCCGCAAGAUUCGGCGCUUGCCGUAGAAAAUUAAAGUUGUUCGGUCUACGGUUCUGGAAUACAUGUUUUUCCGACGCCGAGAAAGACCCGCACCCGCGCCAAGAGAUACGAAACUCUGACAUGCUCUAGUCCAAUCACAUGCCAUCGUUUUCCCACGAUCGACGCCUCGAACUCCGUUCCCUCCCCAGCAAUUCAAAAUUUUGUUGGAGGACUCCGGAAUUUACUCGAGGCGGGAAAUGACUGUAACAUGCUGUCUAAUUCAUUGCUCUAGUGCCAAAUGAUGACUCAAGAUGGUUUUUAGUUGACAUUAGAAUCUUACAGUGGUUAAUUGAUACACAGCGAGGGGUUCAAACCAGGCUGGGUGGCUGUAGUUGCCUUAUCUGUCUGGCGCCCCUUAUCUGGUAUCGAUAGUAAGAAGUGACAUCCACAGAUUGUUUGACUGGUAGGAUGAUGUUGUUCCCCAGGUCAUCCCUCCCGGACCAAGAUGGCGAAACAGGGGGAAAGGAUGACAGGAGUCAGGGAGUCCGGCCUGACACUUGUCAGACGAAUAAUAGGGUAGAAAUUGUCCAUAGGAGUCACAGGGAUGCAUUACUCGGCUCUCGACAGGGAUCUAUGUGGCUGCUUACUCAGGCAUGGACUCCCACAACCAGUUUUCUGACGUGGUGGGCUUGGAAGAUUCAAAGAGGAGGGAUUUCUUUCCUGGAGAUGUGGUAUUGACCGGAGGUCACGUAGGCAGUGAGCAAAAAUUGUGAGGAAUUACAGGUAGGGAGGGUCUCGGGGAGGCCAGAAUGCCGUUCUGCACCGUGUCCUUGGAGUUACGAGUGAUGAGUAGUUCUAAGUCUUUACGUAGGAAUAGUGAAUUAAUAGUAAUGCUAUUGAACGGUAUGCGGGGAUAACAAUGACAUAGA